UAAGGGCAUCCCCAGCGUUAACACGCCUCACUGACCAACAAUCGUUACCCCGUCACGGGUGGUUGGAGGCAAGACACGCAUGAACCUCCCUUCGUUUCUUGCGGUCGUUCAUUUUCUUGUUGGCCAUCUAUGACGCGUAUGGCGGGCAUUAAGCUUUCCAGAUGUUUCGCUAAAGUCGCCGCCCGUGUUUUAUUGUUCUUUAUAUUCGGGUUUACGGCGAUGGAAAUCUACAAAUGCAACCAACAUGUUAUAAUACAAAGGCUAUCAUCCAUCACCGCGCAUAAGGCUAAUGUUCGCACCAGAAGCUCAAAACCUGAGCCCUCAUACACAAGUGCUUGGGUGAAAAGGCAGCCGGCCCAGUUUCUAAUAGAGCCUUGGAACUUCCGUAGUUCAUGCGACCAACACGAAUGCAAGCCAGCCGAGUUCGAAUCCGAAAAAAGUACAACCGCCAAUGUUGUUCUUUUCAUUAAAUCGCGUUCAAAUUCUUUUUAUCGACGUCAAAUAUUACGUCAGAGUUGGGCGUCGGUGUCACGUGUGGGGAACGUGAACGUGUCCGUUGUAUUUGUGGUCGGGUCGUUAGGUGUCAACCACACAAGGAACAAGGUAUGGUUACUACAGGAGAAUGCAACUUAUGGCGACGUGCUGCAGUACAAAGGAUCCGACGACUACAGAAACAUUGCGUUAAAAACGCUCGCCGGGAUGGAAUGGGCGUCGCUUCAUCUGCCGUCAACUUUCCUCUAUUCCUCCAUGGAUGACGACUUCAUGGUCGACAUUUUCAAGCUUCACAGCGCUGUUAACCAAGCAUUCGAGUUAAAGAUUGAGAACAAAUGGCCAGAGUUCCCGAUCAUAUGCAUGUUUAUAAUGGCCACCGAUGAAAGGCCUUACAGGGACGAAAACGGAAUAUUUAAGAAAUGGUUCAUCUCUGAGUCGUUGUUUAAGUGGCCCGUAUUCCCCCGAUACUGUCAUGGCGGCAUGUACACAACCUCUAUGAGGAUAAUAGAUCAACUGCUACGAGAAUCGUGGUCGGUGGAUUCAUUGUAUUUAGACGAUGUUUGGAUUACAGGAAUCCUCCGUCAGAAGAUUGGGAUGCCGGACCAGAUGGUGAUGACGCUUGGUGAGGGAAUCGGGAUGCACAAGAACAAAGUUAUCAACGAUACAGCAAACUUCAUGAUGGAAUGGAAAACAAUCAAAUCCUCCGACUCAACAUUACUUUGUACCUGCAACAUGCAUUGAACGAUGGUCCAUAAGGACAACUAAUGCCAACUUGCAGGAGAACAUGCACACACUAAAGUUGGACUUUGUGAAUAGAAGUUCUUCAUGAACUGGAGCAUGUGUGACCUUUAUGUAUGCAUUAUUACAAAAGGUGCAAAACGCCCACGGUCCACGGAGUACAAAGACAACACUAACGACCAUUCAGGGUGUACACGAUGUACAUUUGCUAUAACAGUUACUUUAUUGUUGUGUUAAACCAUAAACAUUCAGGUGCUUUCCCUAUUCCAUUACUAUCGCAAUCUGUCCCGCCAGCCACGCGUGAUUCUACUUUUGUUGAAAUUCAGACUUUACUUCGCUUGUGCAUCUUUAGCGCCAUCUCGUGUAAACUUUUUUUCGUCUACUAAUCCUACUUGCCUUUCUAGCUUCUGUCGUCACUUCUGCACGCGGUGACCUUAAACCUUGUGUAAUGUACAUGAUGACGUCAACUAUGCCUAAUUACGUCAUGAUGGCGUGUCACUCCUCACUGACCCCACAAUCGGGUAUGACGUGAGCAUCGCGUCAUACACUACGUAUAUGAUGAUACGUCAUAACACGAUAACAAACAAUA